UGUGUUUUUGAGCUUCAUUGCUUCUGCAAGCACCCAAGCAGCACUUCAUCUGGUCUCCAUUUGUCUUCACUCUGUUCCGUAGUGCUAAUUCCCUCCCACGCAUAUUGCCCUAGCUCAUCGAUCCUCAAGCGCUGAGAUAGACUUCCGUAGUUUAGGAAGUUUGGAGAUAACGUGUUUCAGCAAAAUUUUGCAUAAGUCUUGUAGUAGUUGAUUUUGAGUGUACAUUUGAGGCCGGGACUUGCGUCGGAAGAAUUCAUUUCGUUCUGGAUGUGCGAGGCUGCUUGGAUUAGUAGAUCAUAGUGGCAGUUGCAUUGAUAGGAUUUUGAGGAUCUUAGGUUUUUUGAUUGGUGAGAGAACAGGGUGCUGGGAGGUAACAGGUGAAAGCAUGCGAUUGUUGAGUUGUAGAUUUGGUGAAGAGAAUUCGAAUUUGAGGCCUUGCGACUGGGCUUGAAGGGUUGUGGUAUCGGAGGCAGCUGUUCUCAGAGGAUUAAAGUUGUGGCGUGGGAGUUGAAAUUUGCGGUGCCGGGAGAGAGGUGUAUGAAGAACAGAGCGUAGAGUUGGAAUUGGUAGAUCGUAGGGUUUGACAUUGGAAGGAUCUUCCCAUUCGAUUCCAGAAACAUGCAUGUUGGAAAUUAGGGUUUCAGUCUGGUGAAAUGAGGUCCAUCAAGUUGCCUGAGCCGCCAAGUAGCAACACGGGCAUGCCCGAGAUUUUCGAUCAUGGAAUCUCAUGUGUUGUGCGCCGUGCGGUCAUUAUUGGCAAUGGAGCCGCAGGUGCUGAGCAUCAGUGUAUAGGUCUCGUGCGUGCCCUUGGGCUCUCGAAUUCAUACUCUCUGCACAGAGUGAAUCGUCCCAAAGGAGGACUUCUCAAUGCUUAUCUAAGAUGGCUACCAGUUCCAAUUCACAAGCAGUUGGAUUUCCUUUUUAGGCAUAUCCAGUCUGACUGGCGACGCCUUCCACUAUCAAGUAUCCUUAGUCGAUUAUUAGGCGAUUCGGGAUCCUCAUCGCUAGAAACUAGACCUGCGCAACCUAGGGUUGAUUACGGGUUGCGGGCAUUAACUUUGGAUGACAAACCAGUUCCUGAAGCCGAUGCUAGUCGCAUUGCCGCUCUUGCUUUGGAAGACAUAGACAGAGAUGGGCCUCUCUUAGUCGUGGCAUCCGGUCGGGACACCGUCUCUGUAGCAGCAGCUGUAAAAAAAUUAGCACCUGAGGCUACGUUUGUCGUUCAGAUCCAACACCCGCGAUGGGGUCUAGACCAAUUCGACAUGAUCGUCACUCCGCUUCAUGAUUACCAUGCUCUGAGUCCAGCCGCCCGCCAAGAAGUUCCAAAGUUGUUACUGCCAUGGAUUACACCUCAACAUCCCCCUGAUAAGCAUGUGGUGCUGACAGUCGGGGCCUUGCAUCACGCGGAUGCAUCAACAUUGCGUGCAGCUGCUACAUCCUGGCAAUCUGAACUAGCAUCCUUGGCAAAGCCUCUGCUGAUCGUCAAUAUUGGUGGUCCAACACGGCAUUGCCGUUAUGGGGAAGACUUAGCUCUGGAGCUACUGUCAGCACUGAAGCUAGUUCUCACCACUUGUGGAAGUUGUCGUAUGACAUUUUCCCGGAGAACUCCUACUCAAAUAGUUAAUCUGAUAACAAGGGAGCUGGGAGAUCAUCCAAAAGUUUUCAUUUGGGAUGGGAGAGGUCCAAACCCGCACCUUGGACAUCUCGCAUGGGGGGAUGCAUUUGUUGUCACAGCUGAUUCUGUUAGUAUGUUGAGCGAAGCAUGCAGCACAGGGAAACCAGUUUAUGUUAUUGGUGGAGAGAGAUGUAGAUGGAAAUUUACCGAUUUUCAAACAACAUUACGCCAAAGAGGACUUAUUCGAGCUCUCACAGGAGCGGAAGACAUGAGGGAUAGUUGGAGUUAUCCUCCUCUCAAUGACACUUUUGAGGCUGCAAAUCGAAUCCGUAGAGCUCUGGCAGAGCGCGGUUGGAGCCUACAUUAGAGAUAGUAAUUUUUCUGUUUCACAUCAAAUUUUGCAAUUUCAGAUUCUAGGCAUAAGAAUUGUGAAGCCAUUGUGAUGACACACCAAUAAGAAAGCUUCAAUGACGUAGUGCUAAGAGCUUUACUUUUUAGAUUUAAUUCUGGAUGUUGAGGUAAUCAAGCCAGCUGAUGUGCUUCUAUGUACAUGCUUUUUAGCGGCAGAUCAACAUUUUCAAAAACCAUUAAGGUGGCGCUUUGAGGUUCUGACAUUAAAUUGCUAGUAGUUUUAGAGAGCCUUAAACUUAUCCUUAACUGGUGUCCACUACUCUUUCGAAGUUUAACACGAACGGUGUGCAUUCACAGUGAAGGUGUAAUCUAUAUUUUGUUCCAAAUACAUGUUCCAAGUGUUUGUGGCGA